CCUCACAGAGGUAGCUCCUCCGCCCGGCUAGCAACUCGGCGCGCCCCGCGGUCCAUGGACCGGAACCCCGGGCCGACGGGCAGGAACCCGGGCCGCGAUCAUCGCCUCCUCGCCCCAGGCUCCUCCUCCUCGCUCCCCGCCGCCGCCUCCUCGGGACGCCCGCAGGCCGCGCCGCGCCGCCGCCGCCGCCGCCGGGCUCGCAGAGCUUGACCCCGGAGGCUGGGAGGCGGGUUCGUGGCCGCCGCCGCCGCGGGACUGAGGCCUACUCCGCCGCUUCUCAGUGCUAUUGUCCCCGGGCCCGGCCCCGACCGGGUCCCCCUUGGAGAGAGGCGAGUGCUCCGGCUCCACCGUAAAGAUGCCGGACCAAGCCCUACAGCAGAUGCUGGACAGAAGUUGCUGGGUGUGUUUUGCCACCGAUGAAGAUGAUAGAACUGCUGAAUGGGUGAGACCAUGCAGGUGCAGAGGAUCUACAAAAUGGGUGCACCAGGCUUGUCUACAGCGCUGGGUGGAUGAAAAACAAAGAGGAAACAGUACCGCCAGAGUGGCAUGUCCUCAGUGCAAUGCUGAAUACUUAAUAGUUUUUCCAAAGUUGGGUCCAGUUGUGUACGUCUUGGACCUUGCAGACAGAUUGAUCUCAAAAGCCUGUCCAUUUGCUGCAGCGGGAAUCAUGGUUGGCUCUAUCUAUUGGACAGCUGUGACUUACGGAGCAGUGACAGUAAUGCAGGUUGUGGGCCAUAAAGAAGGUCUGGAUGUUAUGGAGAGAGCUGAUCCUUUAUUCCUUUUGAUUGGACUUCCUACUAUUCCUGUCAUGCUGAUAUUAGGCAAGAUGAUUCGCUGGGAGGAUUAUGUGCUUAGACUAUGGCGCAAAUACUCAAAUAAACUACAAAUUUUGAACAGUAUAUUUCCAGGGAUUGGCUGUCCUGUUCCUCGAAUUCCAGCUGAGGCUAAUCCUUUAGCAGAUCAUGUCUCUGCCACCCGGAUUUUGUGUGGAGCCCUUGUCUUUCCUACUAUUGCGACUAUAGUUGGUAAACUGAUGUUUAGUAGUGUUAACUCUAAUUUACAAAGGACAAUCUUGGGUGGAAUUGCUUUUGUUGCCAUAAAAGGAGCAUUCAAGGUUUACUUCAAACAGCAGCAAUAUUUACGUCAGGCACACCGCAAAAUUCUAAAUUAUCCAGAGCAAGAAGAAGCAUAAAACUGUGACUUUCUGUCGUUCUGCAGUCCUCUCACCCCUAUGAGUCUGUUGUGUUGUUUUGAUUCCAUCAUUAAUGCACAGUAGUGGAGACUUGUGAUAAGCUGCUGCUAUCGUAUUUUUAAGGAAUAUAAUAAAGAAAGCACUUAGGGCCGGAGAACUCCUCUCAGAAAUCACGGAACCUAAGGAUGUGAUUCGUUCUCAUUAUUCUGUAUGUACUUCUUUUAUGGCAGUCGUCUGAACCAUUAUAUUAGCAUGGGAAACCUGGCUUUGUUCAUAUUUUCUUCAGACAAAAAUGUAAGGAUCAACUUGUGCAAAUAUUGAGAAAUGCCCAUGCUGUUCUAUUCACAGGCCUCUUGUACAUGUUCACGUUCAGCGUUUCCGUAGAACUGGCGACUCAGUGAAGGUACCGAGGACUUUUCUCACUGGCAUGAUUUGAUUACAUGUAAACAGGAGUACUUGUUAAUAUGAGGAAAAGUAAAUUAAAUUAGUUAUAAAUAACAAACCAAAAAUGUAUGUAAACAUUUAAAUGAUUAUCUGAACAAAUGCGAUUUUGUUUGUUGUUGUUUUUUUAACCCAUGUGAUGUCCUCAAAAAAGUGUAGGGUAAAAAUUCACAGGGCUUCCAGAUCACUUUUUCACUAUUAAAUAUUAUUUAUAUAA